CACAGAAGAAGAAGACGAAGAAUGUUGGAACCUGAACCAGUGGGUGUGACAGUUUAUGGAAAAUGGCUAGCUGGGGAAGUGUUGCUGGAAUUUUGAGAAACUUUUUGAGGAGACCUUGGUCGUACAGAUCGCUGCAUCGUGCCUUGGGACCUGGCAUUUUGGGGUCUCUCGUUGGAAGCGGACUGAUAUAUUAUCACUAUGAACCGAGCAAGAGGUUUUUGCCCUAUACCGUUCAUGCCGAGGAGGAAAAGGUAAAGUAUAUUUGGUAAAGUGACGCAGCAGUAACUAGCUGGAUGUAUAUCUGUAACGUUAGCUAGCUAAAAUUAGCUAGUCAGUCACGAUGUUUGACAGUUUCUUGCUAGUUAGCUACCUGUCAGUGCCUUGUGAAUCAGUAUUUGUUCGCUACACUCGUCUACCAUUAUCACAACUAAAUAUUAGUACAGUGCACAAGUAAACAUAGUAAACAAGUAGCCUAUUUAAGGCUGCGUACAAAUAUGGUAGCUAGCUCAUUGUUUUCUGAUCCAAUCAACAUUUGAGAAUACUGGGGUGCGUUCAGUACGACAGAAUAGUGUCCCCAACGUUGAAUUCGACAGAAACGGUACUGUACUGAACGACUACUUCUUCUUCGGUGGAGUUUACCGGCUGUUGGCAUCCAAUAUGUUGUAUUACCGCCACCAACUGAAAUAUAGUAUACAUCCAUUACACUUUGUGAUACAAAAGGGGAAACGGGAAAAAUGAAAAAAUAUGUAUUUUUAAUUACCCUACCAACUAACCCUACACUCAUUAAAACCCACCACCUUAUUCCACUAAUUUAACCCUAUCUGAUCCUACCCCAGGCCAAUGACCUGAGAGGACGGGACACUACCACUCAUCACACCCUGUAACUCUUCUGAAGUCAAAUAUCGUACCCCCAAAUAUCGUACCCCCAAGCAGUGGUGAUUUUAGCAUGUAAAUCUUGGUGGGGGAAAAAAAAGUGGGAUGCAUGCCAGCAAAGCCACAACACUAAAUCAUACAUUAAUUGCACUAUAACGGUGACAAACGGUGCCCACAAACUGUUAGGACCUACAUAAAGCUGUCCCAACACCUUACCACUGCUACACCUGGCAAUCAGCGGAGCCUUGUCUGGUAGCGAAACAGUUAAUUCAGCUGCAUAUACUUCCUUUAAAAAAAACAUAGCUGAUAUGGCUGAAUUGCUUAAACAAAUGUGGUUUCUACUGACAAUUGACAAUACUGACAAUCUAUGGCAUAAGGGGACGAUGAGUGGAUAAGAAGCAAUCUGUAAUUUCGAUAAAGACAUUAAUGAGCGAGCUAGGACGGCCGUAGUCAGUAUAACUAUUUGUUUAGCACUCUUGAAAUGUACAGUGACAGAAUUCAGAAAAUGGGCCGUUCUUAGUGUUCUCCCUGUACACCAAGUCAGAACCUUAGGAUAAGUAAAGGGGGCAUAUAAGCAGACAAUGAAAGCUCUUACAAUAUUUGAUGAUUACGUUUCUCUAAAACAGGUUAUAGGCUACAUGUGCACCACCAAGUCAGAACAGUAGGCGAAAUUAAGAGUAGUAAAUAGACCAAAUUAUUAGGGUGAGGCAAAUGGGCAACUAACAGCUUACUACACAACAUACACUUAGUAUUACUUUCUUAGCUACAGUAUACAUAGCUCCCUGGCAUAUUACAUCAUUUAUGCAGCAGCAUACAAGACAUUUUUGGACUCACCUUGUGCUGUGCUCACUUGAACAGGAAGGUGGCGUGGCGGUCCUUCGUGGGCAAAUUUUGUCAAAAUGUAUUUUCCCAGUCGGAGCUCGUUUUUUCCAGACUUCCCAGUUGUCUUGAACUCACUGAAGUCAAGUUUUCGCAGUUCUGAGUUAAGUUGUUUUGAGCACGGCACAAUUCAUGCUUCGUUGACAGCAUGGCCAAUGUUGAAUGUUUAUCAUUUUAAACUUGGAAAAGAGACCCUUAAUCCCAGAUUUGGGACUACACAGCCACUCCACUGAAUAGCAGGCUAGUGACUGCUUUGCAAUGCUUGCAGUUAGUCACUGAUUCCUUCCAAAUUGUUGAAUUUGCGAUUUCCAACUUGUUGUGUAAUGUUUAUGGCCGAUGAGCACCGACACGUUUUAUCUAUAAUUUCUCCAUUAUUUAUCUUCAUAUGACAAGGAUUAAAAAGGAUUUGCCAGUAGAUUGUCGACUUGAUUGAUGAUGAUGACUGCUAGCUAAGAUUUUGAAAGUAUGAUGUUGACAUGAUCCAAUCAAAGCUACUGUAAAUAUAACGUGCAUUGACGUCAUUUUAUCUGUGGCCAAUGACCUUGAGCCUUCUUGGAUGGGCACUUCUAAUGUAACUCUAUGGCAGCACCCAAGGGGCUUGAAUUUUCGAACUCUACCCUAAGACUUGGCGUUGACGUACUGUCCCCACGAGUGACAGAGCACUGAGCUAAUCAUGGUGCAACUAGAGAACAUUACCAACACCUACGCUCCGUAUUUUCCACUGGCUGCCCCACCACCAAAGAAAGCACUGAGCUAGGCUGAAACACCUGCAUUUUGGAGCUGCCUUACUCAAGAAAGCUAAAAAGAGACCAUGUUUGUAUGCGGCUUUAUUAACUCAAUGAUUAACUCUGCCCCACCUGCUCUGAAUGACAGGUCGCCACUGCCUCCAAGUACUUCUCUUCAACUUCCACUACAUCUAUUUUCUGUGACUUAUGUUCCAUCUCUGCGGUACAGUUGAUAACCAUUGCUAUGAACGCUAAGAAGACAAUCUUACUGAAACAUCACUCAUUGGCCUAUCCCUCUGUUCUUGCACAGAUGUACUAUUCACGGGGAUCCUCUCAGAAUCCCUCUCCCUUGAUCCACCCUCUUACUUUCUUCACUGCCUCAGCAUACAACUUCUUCUGCACAACUCUGACCCUGGCCACCUCAACCUGCCUCUCGCACUGGACACCUCCAAUCCCCAGCAACAUGGGCACCCCUACAGUUUUUUUGUUUUGUUGUGGUGGUACACCAUUCCUUCCCCUACAGUUGACACACACAGCUUUUUCCACCGAAACUACACAUUCCACUGUCCCAUGUCCUUCUGCACACUUCCCACAUCUUGGAAUCUCCCUCCUACACACUGCUGCCACAUGCCCAUAAACAUGACACCUAUAACACUGCGGUGUAUUCGUCACAAAUGCUCUAACAGCAUAACUCCUAUAUCCUAACAUUACUUUGUUAGGUAAAGACUCUGAAUCAAAGCUCAAAAGAACCGACUGUGUCACCUCUGUUUCACCACGCUCCCCACCGGAUCUGCGUCGCACCAAACAGCGGGCGUCACAAACAUCAGGAAUCUUCAACUAAAAUUGCUCCACCUCCACACUUAACGCUACCCCAGAAAUCAUUCCCUUCAAUGGUGCCCUGUUCCUAAGCGCAAAGGAAGAUACAGGUCUUUCCCCAAGUUGUGUCGCAUGGAGCGCCUGCUCCCUCUGAUCUGAAGAAACGGAAACAAACAUCACAAGUCCGCUUCGGGUUACCUUCACCGACACAACAGCACCCACCAUCUUUUCCACCCAACCAUGGAUCAGCCAAAAGGCCUGGUACCACCCUCUUCAAAAAUCACACUCCAUCUGGACCAAACUUAUCUUUAUCACACCCAUGUUCAUCAAUGCAAGGCUUGGGUUCCAAGCUCCUCACAGCACCUUCUACCCCUUCCAUUUCACCUCCAGAACUCAAACUGGCGUCUGGCUCACUCUGUUUGAAAUUGACACCAAUCUUCCUCGACAUACUGUCAUCAAGGCAAAGGGUGGCUACUUUGAAGAAUCUGAAAUAUAAAAUAUAUUUAGAUUUGUUUAACAAUUUUUUUUGUUGACUACAUGAUUCCAUAUGUAUUAUUUCAUAGUUUUGAUUCCUUCACUAUUAUUCUACAAUGUAGAAAAUAGUAAAAAAUUAAGAAAAACCCUGGAAUGAGUAGGUGUGUCCAAACCUUUGACUGGUACUGUAUAUCAUAAACAAGUUUUUUACAUAAACACACACUUCAAUAACUUGUGCCAUAACUACUUCUUUAAUUCACACAAUACACAUACAUGAAGUAAUUCACCCCCUGGAUAAUUGAUCACUUUGGUUAUUCCAACCAAUAAACGUUCCUCGAUGACUCGUAGACUAAUUUGCGUAAUGCACACCGGCACUAUAAAAAGAAAACAAACACAUCAGGUAGGUUAAAUUAUAUGGUUAUUCUCUACAAACACUUUGAUUCUUCUUCUAAUAAUAUAUUUCACAUUGCUUGAGCAUGUCCCGACUAACAGUUCUUGUGCUGAUGUUGCUUCCAGAGGCAGUUUGGAACUCGGUAGUGAGUGUUGCAACCGAGGGCCGACACUCGGCGGUCCCGUUCUGUGAGCUUGUGUGGCCUACCACUUCGCGGCUGAGCCAUUGUUGGUCCUAGGUGUAUCCACUUCACAAUAACAGCACUUACAGUUGACCGGGGCAGCUCUAGCAGGGCAGAAAUGUGACUUACUGACUUGUUGGAAAGGUGGCAUCCUAUGACAGUGUCACGUUGAAAGUCACUGAGCUCUUCAGUAAGGCCAUUCUACUGCCAAUGUUUGACUAUGGAGAUUGCAUGGCUGUGUGCUCAAUUUUAUACACCUGUCAGCAACGGGUGUGGCUGAAAAGGACCAAUCCACUAAUUUGAAGGGGUAUCAGUGAUUGGCUCAGUGAUUUUUUUUUACGAAUAGUUACAUAGCCUAUAUGGGAAUAACAGACAUGAGCCAAGUAUGGCAUAGGUUAUAAGACCUCUAUGAUUAAUUUCAUUUAGUCAGUUCUACCACCUCAACAUUGCUAAUUUUAAACAGGGUUAAAUAUGUUGUAGUAAAGUUCAGCUUCAGUCCACAGGGGGGCACUGUCACUGUCAGAAGAUAUGCGCUUCAGUCAGAAAAAGGUUCUUAUCUCUUUGGUCUCUAGCUAGCCAGCCAGCCAGCCAAGCUAGCUACAGAAACGAAACGAAACCAAUCAAAUGCACUCGCUGGAAAUAAACACUUUUCCUGAUAUCAUGACUUAUAUCAACAUCAGUGGAGACUGCUGAGGGGAGGACGGCUCAUAAUAAUGGCUGGAAUGGAGCGAAUGGAAUGGCAUCAAACACAUGGAAAUCAAGUGUUUGGUGUAUUUGAUACUAUUCCACUCCAGCCAUUACCACAAGCCCAUCCUCCCCAAUUAAGGUGCCACCAACCUCCUGUGAUCAACAUCCUUAGCGUGCCCAUUCACUAAAUAUACUGUUAAAAAACUGACACCCUAUAGCUUAAGAAUGCUGAGCGCUAAUGCUAGUUUAUUAGCGUUAGCCAAUCCUUAUGCUGAGGGAGACUAGCGUGUUAGUAUGGAAGUCCAGAGAGGACAUAUGAAUAAAAUGUUUUUUUAUCUCGUUAUGUUGAUCACAACUUAUUUAUCUCGAUCAUGACAUAACAAGUUGUUUUGUUGAUCACGAGAUAAACUAUAUAUAGGAGUGGACAUAUUGAUGAUAGAUUGAAAGUAUGGCUGAGGCGGCAGAGGCCACGGUGGAUCAGCGCAUCAUUUUGUAUUGUAACUUUUUUGUUAUGUAGUGAUCAUGAGAUAAAUACAAUUGUGAUCUCGACAUAACGAGGGAUUUUAUUUUAUUUUAUUAAUGUCCUCUCUGGACUUCCGUAAGUUAGCACAAACCAAGGGGCCAGGGUUCCGGUCUAGAAGCACGGGUUUGACUGCUCCUACAGUUUUGCUUCGGUAUUGCAGUUUAACUGACGCCCGGCCAGGAAAGACAAUUUCCAUAGACGGUCACAUAGAGAAGUCAGAUUAGAAAAUUCCUAAUAAGACACUUUAGUCAUCAACUUUGUGCACAAAACAUCCAUUGAAUUAAUCAAAUAAUUGUUGCUGAGGCUGAUUUAUUAUGAUCUUUAUCACUCACAAAUAAUUAAAUUUUUUAUAUUAAUCUAAUGUCUGCCAUGUUUUUGGAUGACAUGAUGAUGUCGCUGCUUGUCGGUGCUGACCCCUACCUUUUUGAGGGAAAAAAGUAUUACUUGUUAAACUAAAUAUUUUUCUCUGAACAAUUUUAUUAGUAUAAUAUAAUUUCCCAAUUUUUGUGAGCAUACAAUAUAGCUCAGUAUUUUUUGCUAAUCUUUAUCAAGGGUGUCAAUUUCGUACCCCACUGUGUAUCCAUAGUAGGUAGACGGUUCUUACUAAAUCGGCAUCCCUUACAUCACCACACAAGAAAGUAUUCAAUCCAGUUGUUAGACCUAUGUUUUCUAUCUAUGGGGAAAUUGUGCAAUCAGUAGCCUAGAUAAAUUGAUAGUGGAAGCAAGUAAAAUGUAUUAAUUAACUAAUUGCUGUUAGCCAAAUGAGACAUUCAUGCAAUGUGCCACAAUAGUUGGUCAGGAGUACUGACAAUUCGUUCUAUAGCCAUGACCUUAUCCAAUUUUCAGCUUUGCACUGCCCUUUUAUUUUAGACUUUGUCCUCCUUUUCGUGCUAAUGCUUCCUUCCGUAUUAUAGUUGCUUCCAGUGUUGCAGCUGUCUGCCAGACGGAUGUGCUUCAACCAGUUUGCUUCCAUGACGUACAAUGAGGAACCCUACAUGACACCAAGGGAUUUCCUCUUCUCAAUCAUGCUGGAGAAUGUUGACCGUAAGUACAGUAGUAUCAAAGGAAAGUGUCCAUGUUGUAAAACGGCCUAGCUGGUAGAAAAGGGAAUACUUCAUGAUGUAAUGAAUUGAAUUGAUUGGCAUAUGGCUACACAAGCUCCCUCUGUAAGUGUAUUCAAUUUUGUUCCAGGCAAGAACUGGGCUUUACAUUAUUUUCCUUUCAUCUGCUAUUAGGUAAAUUACAAAAGAAAGCUCUAACCAAAAAGGUGAGUGUUGGGAUCGGGUUAACUCAUUGUCAGAACGUGUUUGGGAUUUUAGUCUUAUCGUGCAAUGCCAUCAACAUGAGCAUUACAGCAAGAGAUGACUAUUGGUUGUUUCUCUUGUAUAAUCUCUGAUACUUGCAGGAGGUGGAUAAGAUGCUGGAUGCUGCCUCACGGGUCCAGGCAGGCAACAGUCUGUUCAGAAACUUUGGAGACGAUGGUACGUUUUCAUGCCAUGGUCAAACAGCCUCACUGGUGCUAUGUGCUUCAUCAAAGUAAAAAGAUGCUGGAUAGUUAUACUUCAGGCAGGAAAUAUGUAUUUGAUCACUAUGUGGGAGUGUCAAUCUAAACAGGUUAAAUGAACACUCACUGAAAUGUUUGUGUUAUAGAGAAGGCAUGUUUUGUGUCUUGCAGGUCUGAUAUCCUACACAGAGUACCUGUUCCUGUUGACUAUUCUGACCAGUAAGUUAUAGACCCAGAAUGACAUACAGUGGAAACAGCCCUCCCUUUCAAUGACAUGCAUUUGGAACCAGCAUCCUCCCAUUCUUACACAACACAUCUUACUACAUCUGGGUCGUGUGCAUCAGGAGAACCAUAGCAAAAUGAAAAUGUUGCCCAAUCACCAACAAUGUUGUGCUUGAAUCAUUAUUUCAGAAGACCCUGCUGCUAACCUUGUGGAGUGGACAGCAAUUGAAAACUAACCGCUCAUCUUGCCGCUGCUUUGUUCUGUCCAAGCAGCACCUAGAUAAGCCUGUGAUGUUAUUUUCUAACAGAAAAUGCAUUGUUAUUUCAGAGCCACACACAGGAUUUCAUAUAGCUUUCAAAAUGCUUGAUAUUGAUGGCAAUGAGCAUGUGGACAGAAAGGAGUUUCUCAAGGUAUGUUUUAUAAUCUAUAUUAUAAAAUGUUCCUUAAAGGGCCAAUCUGCAAUUCAAACAACAGCAAACAGGUACCCCUCCACAGCUUUGGGUAAACAGCUUAGGGGUGGGCCUAGAGAAAUGUAACCACUCUCAAAUUCAUAGACCGGAUCAUGGAUGCAAGGACUGACCAUCCAUGAGAUCGAUGCAAGGACUGACCAUCCAUCCAUAGACAGUUGAACUUAUAAGCUCAUGAGGAAUUUAUAAUUAAUAUUCUUCAAUAAUCAAUAGCUACAUAUCAUUAAUUUUACAUUUUAAAAAUGGAUGUAGCAAAUGCAGAUUGCCCCUUUAAAUGUUUUUUUUAUGUUGUGCUUCUCAAGGAAUUGAUGGAAUUGUAUUUUAUGUUGCAUAUAGUAUUCUGUAUUCAGUCUUGUAUUGUAUAUCAAAUUAUAUAGUUGUGUAUAUCUUAUAUCAAGUAUCCACACUCCAAAAUAUUGCCGCCCCUUACAGGGACAUUACCCAAUUGGAAGUUUUGACAUAAAUGCUCCUACAAUUACUGAGUACUAUGCACUCUUGAUGCUAACGCAGAGGUACUGUAUGGCCAGUACCUCAAGUCUGUGCCACAUGUUUGAUGUUCCUCCCACCUCAAUUGGUUCCUUCUGUCAAAACAUUGGCCUAUUCAUUCUGUCUGAGGUACCACAUUUUAUAAGGCACAGAAACUAGCUUGUAAACAUACUGUAUUUGCGAGUUGGCUUUAGCACAAUACAAUAUGCAUACAUGGCUACAUAAAUGCCUGUGACUAUACAAUUUUGUACCAAACCAAUGAAAAGUUGAUUCCCUAAUUUAGAACAGAGGCUGGUGUGAAAAUCGGCAACACAAGGAACCACAAGGGUUAGAGUUAAAACAUGUUAUGCCUCUCCCAGUUAGAUUAUGGUUUGGUUUAGAAGACAAGUUCCACACCUGACAAAGUAGAGAGGAGCAGCAUGGAUAAUCAUUCGGUGUGUUUGAGGGGAUCUUGAUCACAUAAUGAGUAGUAAUUGGGAUGCAAGGUGAUAUGUAGAUCUGUGUGAUUCUGUGUGGUCCAACCGCUUUGUAGUCAAUCUCAAACACACACUGUUUGCUGUUUCAUACUGGCUCCAGUUUUAAUAUUAGAGUGAGGCAUCGUGGGUAGUUGAUAACCUUUUGACUAAUGAACAAUUCUCUGUUAUUGCUGACAUUUCUUGGAUAAUUCAGAUGAGUAAGAGGUAUGUAUGUAUGUGUUAUUAGUGAGUUUAACUGAAUUAGUAGUUUCCCGCAUUCUGAGAAAAUGUAAGCUAGCUAAGAAAUGCUCUCACUAAUAGUAAAUCUUUUUAGUUGAAUCUUUUGUUGUUUAGUAUCUGCAUUAUUAUAAUGCAAGGAAUCAUUGUUGCUGCUUUGUUUUAUGAUGAAGCUCAAGAAAAUCAUUGGGAAAAGAAAAGAGAAAGUGCCUAAGAAAGGUGACACAGACGUGGUGAGUCAACACUCUAAACAUUUUUUCUUUUUAAGACGGAAAUCUCCUUAUUCAUAUCUGUGACUUUUGGAAAAGCUUUUUUUAGAAUACUUGAUAUAGAUGACAUUGAAUUGUCUUUGGGGAAAUGCCCAUUGAAAGCACUAAGGCUAGCCAACUCUGUCAUUAUACGAUGAUUUAAAUGUAAACCGUUGUGUACCGGCUAGAAAACUGAUUGUUUACUCGUAUUUCAAGUAUGAUGGGGCUUGCAGUAAUAACAAAGGCAGGGAGUGUUGAAACUUGAUGUCAUCUUCACAGAAACCAAUCGCAGAGGGGGAGGAUGUGAACACUACACUGCAGGCCUUCUUCUUUGGCAGGAAUGGUGAAAACAAGCUUCAGUACAAGGGAUUUUGCAGGUAAAAUAUCUGUGGGUUACCAUGUAGUGUCAUUGGUGUUAAACGGUAUAGCUACUCUACCUUUUCCUCACAGGUGUACCUAAUCCUAGUAAAAUCAUGUUUCCGAUACUCAGUAUAGACUUACUGUAUGAAUAGUUAUGAAUAGACUUCAGACUAGGAGUGUUGAUAUAGAAUCAUUGUUGCCUGUUAGAUCAUAAUUAAUAUGGUUACAUGGACAGGGGGAACCUGAUCCUAGAUCAGCAAUCCUACUCUUAGACACUUUUUGAGUACGGGCCCAGAACCGACCUAGUCACGUUCAGUGUCUCUACUCUGGAUGUCUCCUCUAGGUUCAUGGAGGACCUGCAGGAGGAGGUGCAGGAGAUGGAGUUCCUGCAGUUCUCCAAGGGUAUGGACACCAUGCGGCGGGAGGACUUUGCCGAGUGGCUGCUGCACUACACCAACGAGGAAACCAACGAGGCCUACUGGGAGAACAUGAGGAAGAGGAUCCCCGCGGGCCAGGUAAAAAGGAAAUGUGGUCCUGUUCCAAUACUUCGAGAAAUCCACCCUUCCUUCCUCGUUUCCUGGAGGUCGUCACAGAUCAUUAAGGGUUGUGAUAGGUGAAAGAGAGGUUGCAAAUUGCCAACCAAUCAUUUUCCACAAUCCAACAAAUUCAGAUAUGGGGUCACUUUAAUGAAGGAAGAGAUCAUAUUCGGAUAGGGAUAAUAUGCAGUUAUGUCAAUGUACCUUCAGGUCGAAGAAGUUGUGAAAUAUAACACAUUUUGGGGGGCUCUCAAGGGGUGACUUCUCAAUGUACGACUUGGAAAUGUGUCCCUCUUCUCUUGUAGAGCAUCACAUUUGAUGAGUUCAAAGCAUUCUGCCUCUUCACCAACAACCUGGAGGACUUUGCCUUCUCCGUGAAAAUGAUAAGUGAAGCCAACCGACCUAUCGGAAUGGGUAAUUUUCUUAUUCUACAUUUUUCUUUUCUUUUUUGUAGGAAGGGCAUUUUGUCUGAAAGAUUCUGAUUCUACACAUUCAAAUCACUUUAAAGCAACAUUCAGCAGUUGAAACCAUAACAAAGCGUACUCCCUGCCCCUGUUUCGGUAAAAAGCUGGGGGAUGGGGCUGAAGAAAUUUAACCACUCUCAAAUCUAUAUCCAGAAGGACUGACCAUCCAUGAUAUCAACAUUUUAACAAUGUUUUGAGGCUAUAUAGUAUUUGUUUACAUUUACUUUGUUUACAAACAUUGGCGUAAAACAAGCUUAUAUUUUGGGUUCUGAUGGGGUACACAGUUGAACUAAGCUCAUGAUACAUUUUUCAGUGUUAUUCUUCUAUGGAUACAUAUCAUCAUUCAUUUAUUAGUCCAAAAAUAGAUGUAGCAACUGCUGAUUGCCCCUUUAGCCAAGUACAUUAUCCUGAUAGUUUCUUUCCCUUCCAUUCUCUGCAGUCCAAUUUAGGCGAGCUGUGAAGAUUGCCACAGGGCACGACCUCUCGGAGAACGUGCUAGACACUGUGUUCAAGAUCUUUGACCUGGACGGCGAUAACUGUCUGAGCCACAAGGAGUUUAUUGGAGUGAUGGAAGACAGAGUACUGCGCGGCUUGAAGGUACAUGGGGCAUUUAUCAGUUGA